AUGAACUCGGAAGAACCCACCCACAGCAUCAUGGUUGACUUUUCGACAAUAUUAGUGCUGGGCGUUGAAGGGGUCGGCCUGGUGCUAUACGCAAUUAUUAUGUGGAUCCUCGGUGCAGCCCGGUCCAAUUCACUGAGAACCCAAUUCUAUACUCAAUCGUGGAUUCUUGAGUCGUUCCACGUUUCGCUAUCGUUGGCGCUGGGCGGCGGUGUUGAUUUUUUUGGGAUUCUCGCUAUCGGCCUAUCGACUGGUUUUAAUCGAACUGGUACUGUCGGAAUCCUGCUCUUCCCCUGCCUAUUCUGCGCGAUUCUCAACAUCGGGUGUUUCUGGAAACUCCAGCACAACACCCGAAGCAUCAUGAGCAAUUCACAGAAACGCAGAAAUCUGAGGAUGCUAAUCUACGCUGGGUUGGUGAUCAUCGCGGCGUUUCCUAUCACCGCGUACCAGAGUCUGAAAUUCUACGGUACGAUGGUUGGGGCCAAGCAGUUCACGGCUGAUGUCACCCAAUUUUUCGACCUCUGCUACCUCCCUUUUCUCUUCGGAAGCCCGGUAAUAUUACUUGCGAUGAGCGUGGAAGUGCGCAAAGAAUUCCUGAACGUCAUCACCUGCAGAUGGCGUUCCACGGCCGGAGAUCUCAGCGAUAAGGGGGAAAUUACAGCCGUUCAAGGCGUUCUUACCCAAUUUUCCAUGCCUCCAAAGUUGUCCGUUAACUCGAUUGUGCCACUCAGAAUU